AUGCGCUGCGGGGGGUGGGGGGGGGGGCGUAAUUUGGGGGGGGGGGGGAGGGGGGGAGGGCCGCUGGAUGCGGUGAGGAGUGGGUGUUGGGGUGGGGGGGAUUGGGGGAGGGGAGGCGGGGUUGAGGGGGGGGGGGGGGGGGGGGUGGUGGGGGGGGGGGGGGGGUGGUGUGGAACGUUGGGGGGGAGGCGGGGUGGGGGAAGCGGGGGGGGUUGUGGGGGUGGGGGGGGGGGGUGGGGGGGGGUGGGGCGGCGGGGUGGGGUGGGGGGGGGGUGGGGGGAUGGCGGGGGUGGGGGGGUGGGGGGGGGAGGUAGGUGGAGAGGGGGGCUAUGCGGGGGGAGGGGUGGGGGUGGGGGUGUGGGGGGGGCAGAGUGGGCGGGGCGGUGGUGGGUGGGGCCGGGGAGGUCGGGGGGGGGCGGGGUAGGUUGGGGGGGGGGGUGUGGGUGGGGGGGGGUGGGGGGGGUGGGGGGGGGGGGUUGGGUGGGUGGGGUGUGA